ACUUAAGAAGAAGAAGAAGAAGGUUAUGUGUAACUACUAUAAUUUGGUUAUGUUUUGGAAAACUCUUAAAUUAAGUUGCAGUUGAGAUAUGUUUUAUUUCAAGACUAAACUGUAGGAUAUAUCGUGCAAAAAUGGAGCAAGCGUUUAAUAAGGUUAUCAAACACGUUUUCAGUAACUGGACUGGUUUGAAACUUGCUGUGGAACAUUCUAUGGCAGGACCUAAUAGUAAAGAGGUUGCACUGAGAUGUUUGUCACAACUAGAAGAUUACUGCUUGCACAACAGUGACAUCAAUGAAGAUGAUAUACAGGAUUUUCUUGAUGACAUUAUGGAUGAAAACUUCAAUACCGUGUUUGAAGACGACUCGACAAGGGAUAUUGGCGUAAUCUUGUGUAGGUUUUUACAACUACUAAGGGCUGGAGAUGAAGCAGCAUGUGAAAGUGAGUAUCAUAAAUUACCUGCACCAGAUUUUGGAUGGUUGGAACAUACUACAAAGCACGCACAAGUUCCACAGGUAGUUGACAAUUGCUCUAGUGAUGAAAAUAAUGAAAGUGAUUCAGAAACUCCAAUGGAAGAAGAUGGGUGGACUGUUGUCAAAUCAAAAAAGAGAUGAAUUGAAGGACCUAUCAUCAAAAAAACCAAUUAAAAUGUGAAAAAUUAUAUACAAUUUAAGAUUUGUUAUACAUUAAAAAAGUUGAAAAUAGA